AUAAUUAAAUUAACAACUUACUGAAAAAUGGCUGAAACCAUGAAUCGCCCAAAAAGUUAUUUAUACUAAUAAGUCAGGGUCCGAGGUUGGAAUUCUGUGUGAUCAACAUAAUAUCAAUUUUCCUUUCAAUAAAAACAAAAUAUCCAAUUUUAAGCCUAAACGAUUCAAUUAAAACGAAAACCGUUAAAAUUCAAACAAGCAUCCGUUUUCUUCAUCAUCGAACUCCUUUAACGCGCCCUCUCUCUCUUUCUCUCUCUCUCUCUCAAUGCUUCGAAAGAGAAACUCAAGCGAUAAUUUGGACAGGUUCAUCCCAAAUCGAUCGGCCAUGGAUUUCGAUUACGCUCGGUACAUGCUCACAGGCGCCGCCGUGAAAAGCGAAAGCGGCGAACCCUGUUCCCCAUCAAAAUCACUCUACAGGAAGCAUCUCGCAGAGAUCUUGAACAUCAACCGACCAAGAAUUCUGGCUUUCAAGAACAAGGCGCCCCCAUCUUCGAAGAACAUCCCCCACUCCUCUUCCCCUAUCCGCCGUAGAAAGUCAAUCAGGCAGAAACGACGAAUUCAUAAGUUUCCAGAGAGGAUCUUGGAUGCUCCUGAUAUCAUAGAUGACUUCUAUCUCGAUUUGUUGGAUUGGGGCAGCGCUGACGUCAUUGCCAUCGCAUUGAGAAACGAGGUCUACCUGUGGGCUGCCUCCGAUGGCUCCACCGUUCAGCUUCUCUCCGCCGCCGACGAAACCGGGCCGGUGACGAGCGUCAGGUGGGCCCCAGAUGGGAGGCACCUUGCAGUUGGCUUCAGUAAUUCCCAUGUCCAAAUCUGGGACACUUCAGUUAUUCGAAAGUUGAGGACACUGCAAGGAGGGCAUCAUUUAAGGGUGAGUUCCCUUGAUUGGAACAAACACAUCUUAACAAGCUCAGGAAUGGACAGUUUGAUCAUCAACAACGACGUGAGGGUGCGAACGCACGUCGUGAGCACCUACCGUGGGCACAGCCACGAGGUGUGUGGUCUGAGAUGGUGCCCCUCGGGGGGGCAGUUAGCGAGCGGGGGCAACGACAACCUAGUCCACAUCUGGUCCGCCUCUUCCGACCAAUGGCUCCAUCGCUUCGAGGACCACUCUGCUGCGGUCAAGGCUCUCUCCUGGUCCCCCUUCCAGAGCGGCCUCCUCGCCUCUGGCGGGGGGCUGGGAGACGAGCGCAUCAGGUUCUGGAACACCAACACCGGGGCAUGCCUCAGCUCAGUCGACACUGGCUCGCAGGUCUGCUCGCUGCUGUGGAGCUCGCACGAGAGGGAGCUUCUCAGCGCGCACGGCUUCAGUAGCAACCAGCUCACUCUUUGGAGGUACCCUUCCAUGGUUAAGAUGGCUGAGCUUGAAGGCCACACUUCUAGAGUGCUUAGCAUGGCUAAGAGCCCGGAUGGAUAUAAAGUCGCCUCCGUUGCUGGCGAUGAGACGCUGAGGAUCUGGGACGCAGUUUUCGCGACUCCUCCCAAAGGGAAGAGCAAGGACGCAGAGGAGGGGAGGCGGGAGCCUUUCCCAAACAUACCUCGUAUCAGAUGAAGAUUAGGGAGGGCAUUGACAUUACCUUGUUUUUGUAGAAAUGUGUGUUACAUUAGUAGAAAGAUAACAGAAACAAACCUGUCUUGGCAUUUAACAUUAAUUUUGAACAAGUUACGGUAAGAAUACUGAAUACCAGCAGUUGAGUUCUUUGUUACAG